AGUCAAGAUCCAGAUAAAAGUUGUUUUGCUCGAGGCAUAACUGAUAUGGGAGAUAAUUUGAUCUGUGUAGGGACAGAAGACGGACAUAUUUUAAUUUUUAACAUUCCACCCAAAUCUACAAACAUCAAUCAUUUAGACACGUUAAAAGGAGCAUAUUCGUCAUCUAUCUGUGAUUUAGCAUCAGAGAAGAAUAUAUUAGUUAGCAGUGAUGACCAGGGAAAUAUAGUCGUGUGGAAAUUUCUAGGCCAACAGUUUCAACAAUCUCAUAAAAUAGCUGGUUCAGGUGUACCAUGUACAAGUGUGCGAUUAUGGAAGGGAAUUAUUGUCGGAGGUUACGGAUCAGGACAUAUACGUGUUUACAGCGCAUCCUCGGGAAAAAUAGGAGCAGAGGUCACAGCACAUGCUCGGAUGAUCAAUGGAAUUGAUAUAGCCACUCAAUCCGGUUUAGUCUUAUCAGUUAGCGACGAUUCAUUUUUUCGUGUGUGGCAAUUACAAGAGGGCAAUCUUCCUCAGAUCUCCUAUAAAUGUCACGAGAUGGUUACAGAUCUUCAGCUGGUUGGUGGAUGUUUUGUUGACCCUCAGGGAUGUGCCAUAUGUUUAACUGGUUACGAUAACAGCGAAAUACAAUUCUACAUUAAAUCUUAACAUAAUAACGAUAUCGUUAGGAAACUUAAAGUAGCUAAAUCUCUUUGUUUUAGGUUAAAACUGUAAUAUCUGAACCUUGACUUUAUCUGAACCUUGGCUUCAAACUGUAAUAUCUGAACCUUGACUUUAUCUAAGGAACUAAGAUUUUAAAUGUAGAAUUUUUGAAAAAAAAGUCAACAUAUGAAAUUUAAUUAAACUAACAGUUGUAAUUUUAACCCAAAUCAAAAAGGUUGUAAUUAGUUUUUUUCAGAGCUCAAAUUUACACAGAAUAUGAUUGAAAGACUAAUAUGUCAUUUUGUCUGGAAAUUAGGGAGUGACUCUUUAUUUUUUUUAUUCAAAUGAUUAUUUUUUUGGCCAAUUUUAUUGAAGAGCUCAAUUUUGCAUAUUUUGUGACUUAAGGAAUAAGGCUCGACAUGACUGGUCUGUAAAAUCUUUGUAACCUAGUAACAUGUAGCAUGAUGUAACCUAGCAACAUGUAACAGGACGCAACCUAGCAACAUGUAGCAUGAUGUAACCUAGCAACAUGUAACAUGAUGUAACCUAGCAACAUGUAACAUGAUGUAACCUAGCAACAUGUAACAUGAUGUAACCUAGCAACAAGUAGUAAGAUGGGGUACAUAAAUAUUUCAUUGUAAACUAGACUUGCACAGGACUAAUUCAUAGAAGUUUUGAAACAAGAGAUUUAAUGAUCUACAUAAAAUUACGCAUUAUUAUGGAAUGGGAAUCCAUCACUUGUCUACAUAUUCACCAAAGAUACAACACCAAUUUUAUGUUUUAUGAAAUAUUUUUAGUCCUUAUGUAAUUUUAUAGGCUUUGUAUAUGAACAUCAGUUUUCUUCUAAGACCCCUACAUACAUUGUAGUCACAUCAACAUAUAUUAAAGGACAAUAUUGGUGUCAGUCUUUAUUACAUAUGUGAUAGAAGUGGUUAAACAUGCUCCAAAUAUUAUUUUAUCACAGAGAUCAUUGCUACGAUAGAUGCGUAAUGAAGGUUUCAACAAACGGAAGUGACGAACUCAAAAGGAAAACAUGAGUUAUCCCUCUAUAUAACUGACUGAAGUGACGAGUGAUAACAGAUACAUGGGCGAAUUUCUGCUCAGUUUUCUUCUAAGACUUAGAUUAGUAGACCACUACAUACAUUGUCGUCUAGGGCUAGAUCAAUGUGUAUUUAAUUAGAAGCCAUGAAUCUGAUCUGUCUCUGCCACUGUAUCUUUAUGUUAAAAAGUCAAAUUAUAAAAAAGGAUCAAAUAUAUUUCGAACAAAAACUUCACGCAAUUCCUUCUGAUUUUUAGAUUUUUUUGAUAAAAUUGUUACUGAAUUAAUUUUCAUUAUAUUGGUGUGAUAUAUCAUCAUUACGACCGUUCUCCUUACACGCAUCAAUAUUGUUGAGUCUCAUCUUGAUUGACAAUUUGUCACACCAGCUUUAAUUAUUACUUCCGUUUACAAUUUGUUAACAAGAGGCUUGAAUUUUAAAGGGGAUACUAGAUUUAACUUUCUGGAAUUAAGAAUUGAGUACCUCUAAAGUAUAAGUGUCAAAUCUGCAACCAGUAACUUAAAAAUCCUACUGUUCCAUCCCAGGCCUUUUUGCAAGAAAGAGUUGGGUCACCUCUCAAUCUGGUUAAAACACAGAUCCAAUUUCGUUUCGUUUUUAUAGUUCAAAAUUUCGUUUUACUUGUCUUUACUACACUUGGAUCUGGAAGCGUUGUUAUUUAACUUGUGUUCUGCUUGAAAUUAGGGGUCAGCCAAUCAAAUGGUCUGUCGAAUCGAGCGUUUGACCUUUUUUGCGCGGAACUGUGGGUAGACAUUAGCGGCAAUAGAAAUCAAAACAAAGCAAAAGUAGAUUAAAAAUACAUGGCGGUCGCUAAUUGGUUAAUCGAAUGACUGACGUAAUCGGGUCAAAUGUCGCUUGCUUGGUACCUGAUGUCAUAUAACGUGAACUCCCACUAUAACUUGUUAGAUCUACAUGUAGUGUAGGCCAUCGAAAGUAUAAAAAACGAAACGAAAUAUAGAUCUAAACUUGGGAUUAUUUUUGGAUCUCGUCUUUUUCUCUCAGUGCCCAGUCGAUGUAUUGAAAAUAUAUAUCAUAUUAAACCCAAAAUGAUGUAAAACCUUCUUUUUCUUUCUGUCUAACGAUUGGACCAAAUCCCCUUUGUUCCUUGCUUUAUAUCCAAUGGUAAAAAUAAUAUUUAAAUGGCCCACGGUCAUAGAAAGACGUUGAACACCCUAUUUCAGGUAAUGAACAACCUUGCCAUAUUUGUGAUUAUUUGAUUAUGGAUGUUCUUAUAUUUAUUGUAUUGCACCUUUAUUCCAAAAUAUAUUCUUGCCUAUUCUGUGAUUAGUGGUGCUUUUUUCAUCUAUUAUGUCCAAUUGCCUCCCCUCAGAUACAUAACCAGAUUUAGACCACUAGAACUGGUUAAUUUAACUUUCUUUCUACUGUUAGUUAAUAUAACUUUCUUUCUACAAGUUGGAUUUAGACCACUACUGUUAGUUAAUAUAACUCCCUUUCUACAAGUUGGAUUUAGACCACUACUGUUAGUUAAUAUACCUCCCUUUCUACAAGUUGGAUUCAGACCACUACUGUUAGUUAAUAUAACUCCCUUUCUACAAGUUGGAUUCAGACCACUACUGUUAGUUAAUAUAACUCCCUUUCUACAAGUUGGAUUCAGACCACUACCAUUAGUUAAUAUAACUUUCUUUCUACAAGUUGGAUUCAGACCACUACCAUUAGUUAAUAUAACUUUCUUUCUACAAGUUGGAUUUAGACCACUAGAACUAGUUAAUAUAACUUUCUUUCUGCAAGUUAGAUUUAAACCACUACCAUUAGUUAAUAUAACUUUCUUUCUGCAAGUUAGAUUUAGACCACUACCAUUAGUUAAUAUAACUUUCUUUCUACAAGUUAGAUUUUUAAUUGUAAUAGGUAUAGAUAAUAAAUAAUCAUUCCUUUUAGUCAGAGGAUAAUAAAUGAGAUAUUAGAAGCUGUAAAUAAUGAUUAUUGUUCAAACAAGUAGGAUAGUACUAUAGACCGGGAACUGACCAUGUUGUUGCAUGAAAUUCAAAAAUCUAAUUCACAAAAUCGACGCAGAAUUGUUCAAAGAAGAAGCAUGCCAAUUUUCGUGUCAAUCGGACUUGAAUUGACAGAACCGUUGGUGUUUUCGAAGAGCGUCACCCCAAGAACAAGCACAAGAUGAGUAGCAGUUCCUGUUCCAAAAAAACACAAUAAAUGCCACGUUGAAGAACAGGUGGUUUGAUCCCUCUACAAUCUAACUUAACUAAUGUUUGGGUUUUAACAGUAGGCUACACGUAUGGGAAAUCAGAUUUCAUCUGUCUAAAAAUGUUAUUGACUAUUUGUUUUUGUAUUCUUGUCACAUAAUGUUUUGUUAUUAUUAGAUGUGCUCUUGUAAAGAUAUUUAUUAAUUGUUAUUAGAUGUGAUGUCAGCAUUGAAAAUGUUUCAUUAAUUACAAUGUUUUAGUAGAUUGAUCGUUAUCUGUACAAAAAUUAUAAAUGUUGUUUAACUCGAUACCAGAGUUGGUCCAAAUUAUCAUUUUGAGUAAGAGCUAAUGUUAAAUAUUGUCACAAAAUAUGUUUGUAAAAUUGACAGGCAAAUUGUUUGAAGUGACAGUUUUGUUACACUGACCCUGGAAUUAUUGUUUGUUGUACUUGACAAAAUAUCUAGCACUACUGAAUUAGUACCAGACAUUUGUGUCGGACAUUGUCUGUGUCCGGUGCUUUAUUUCCAGGCUUGUUAAUACUUGUUUAAGAUAUAAAACUAGGAAUAUACAAUAUAGGACGUUAAAUUACAAUAUCUUGAUGUCUGAUUGGGUAUAUUCUUCGCCGGAUGUUUGCCUACUUGUAUACACGGGCAAAUAAGCAUCCAUGUUUUAAACCUGAUUUCAUCAUUUUCUGGUGUUUAGUGUUGGAGAUAUUUUUCUGCAAUGUUUCAAUAUUACUCUGUGGUGGUUGUUGUUGUAAGAUAAUAUGUAUGCUGGAUCAUACACCUACGAGUAUCAUAUAUUUAUAACUUUACUUUCACUUUCCCUUACGACAUUCUCACCCAGUAUCAUUUACUACAGGGCAGAUUUUGGUGAGAUCCCACCCAACUACCUUGUGAUGACGAAGCCCAUCUUAAUAAAUAUGAGGGGCUUGUUAAUUACUGUUUAAACAGCAUUCAGUAAUUGAACAAUUCUAUGGAAGACAGUUCCUGUAUUUUAAUCAGGGCUAGGUUACUACAACGAUUAUCUUGUCAUUUUCAUUCACGGUAGAAAUGUAGCUCUGAUUAAAUUGCACCCCACCUUCAUGAUAUUGGUUUUUAUAAUGGCCAAUAUCUUGUAUAUUUUAUAUAUGGAACUCGCUGUCAGGCAGAUAUAAUCAUUUGAAUGGACCCCAAAUACAGCAGUUUUAUAGUGUAACCCUUGUGAAUAGCAUGCAGGGGUUUCAGGUGCAUUAGUCCAUGUCAGUGAAGCCCUUGUUAUAACCAACUGAGUCAAGCUCCAAUACAGCAUUAUAGUGAAACUGGAACCUUUGUGAAUAGCAUGAAAGGGGAUUCCCAUGAAUUAUAUUGCAGGAAUAGGGUUUUCCACCUCAAAACAGUGCUACAGUGAAGCCCUAGUUACAACCAUUUGAACCUUGUGAAUAUUAAGAAAGGGGAUUCCCCAUGAAGGAGUAGGGUAGUCCACCAUAAAACAGUAAAGCCCGAGAAUUAU